UCGAGCAUAGAGCGAUAUUGAACAAUAAAAAGUAAUAAACAAUGCUAGUUUGUUAAAGCAAUCGUAGGCUAAUGCAUCAAGAAUGUAAAACAACAAUCACAAACGUAUUUAUUGUCGUGAUGCCGGCAUUUCAUGUAACAAUACAAAGGUCGACAAUGCAAUACAAUUUUUACAUUUUCCUUUCUAUGUUGUUCAGUGGUCUGCAUCUGUUUCUUUCGCUUCAUUAAAAAAACAACAACACAAAUUUGUUUUAAAAUUUCUUUUGCUGAGAUAUUGUUACUCGAAAACACAACUACUUUAAGACUGCUUUUGUAACCAUCAAGCGAAAUCAAUAGCUUUUGUUAUGAAUAUAUUGGAGGUCGAUGGUCCUCAGGAUUUAGCUAGUUAUGCCAUUUUUUGUCUUGCGGAUGAAUGUCUUCUCUUUGCGACCUUCUUGUGUGACUAAAGAGGACAAUUCUCGAUACACAGCUGCGGUCACAGGUUGUCCAAAAAGUAUAAAGACAAAAUAGUAUGUAGAUGCCAUUCAGAAGUAAUGUAAUUCAUUUGUAUUCAAGAAUUUAUAAAUUCGAGUUUUAUAAUUUCCAACUGCAUUUUAACUUCUAGAAAAACUUGAUAUUGUCAUUGUGCUAAGGUAAAAACAGUGAGAACCACUAGUCUGGAUGAUGCUUAACCAGCGAGAAAUCAGGAAGGAAUUAUUGAGUUGAGUGUUACAUUUUGUCAACCAUGAGGUGAAUGUGUCAGCAAAACUAUUUCUCACAAGUCUAAUGUUUUAUUUAUAUUCUUACAGAGCCACGACUUUUGAAAGUUUUUAGAUAUUUUUAACAAAUAAAACAAUUAUUAUUUGAAAUUUAUCCCCACGAGUUUUGUAUAUUUCAAAAUGGCCAUUUAUUAUUGAUUUCACCGAAAAGGGAAAGGUAAAUCAUAUGGAAGUAUUCCUUUACUAUAUUUUGAUGACCAACACGCUAGUAGCCUCCCCUGAGCUCUUCAAUGCUGCUCUGUUUAAACACGCGAUACAAAGUUCUACAUUUGAAACAUUUGACGCUUAUAAGGGAGUUGAUGGGAACGCUGACGGAGGUCUGUUAAAUGACCACUGCCAACACACAGGUCAAGAGCUCAUUCCAUGGUGGAUGGUGGACUUACGUGGUCAGUUUGUGGUUGAAAAAAUACAACUAACCAACAGGCAAGAUGUUUACAUGAAUGAACAAAUGGCUUUACGUUUGAGAAAUUUCUCUAUUGAAAUCUUUCAAACUGAUCCAAGACAACUUGACAGCUUUCCUAAAGUGACUGGUCAAGUCUGCUUCUAUCAAACUGAUCCACUGGGUCCUAGCACAUUCAACUUUACUUGUCCUGUUCCUAUUGUAGGCAGAUUUGUGCGUAUCGUUAUGAGACUUGAUGUCAGCGAUUAUUUACAUAUUUGUGAAAUGGAAGUACUAGCAAGAAAUUCCAUCCUCGAAGAGAACACCUUUAGAAGAAUUCCAAAUAUGACUCUUACAGGUCUGUCACUAGUCAAUUUAAAGGUCAACAAUUCGUAUUCCUGCUUAAAGGAAUGUUUGCAACGUAGGUCAACAAACUAUUGCACAGCCACAACAUGGAUAACAUCGACAAGGUCAUGUCAACUUUACAGAGUUAACCCUUUCCUGGACCUUGCUGCCGCCGUUACGUCUGAACCAGGAACAUAUGUUUAUAUUCAAACCAUAUAAAUUUAUUUUUAUUAUACUUUAAAAAAAAUUCAAAAUGUUAGCUUUCAUGAGUCCGUGUCUUUGGAUAACAGGCCUAUAAAGAGCCUAGAGAUAACUGGUUGUCUUGAGUUGCAGAACUAGAAUUACUAAUAGAACAUUAGUGUUUUAAGAAUUGAAAAAAAAGUCUUUGCGUAAUA